AAAAAUGAAGGCAAAAGGGGACGUGAUUCCCUGAAUUCAGAAGGGGAACUUCGCCAGCCAAUAUUUUGGAGACCACAGCAACGAUUAUAGCACCAGAGGGCAGUUGCGCUUGGCACAGGACGCUCCUUAGAAGACAGCCCAUUUGUUUUGUUUUGUUUCCGGCUCCUCCAAGUCAUUAUCUCUAGCAGAAGGUUUUUUUUUGCCGUUUACCGAUUUAACCCCCAAGACGCAGUUGGUUCUCCUACAAGGACUUCUCAGGCAGGAUGUGGACGACUACUCUACCCCUGUGUGUGGUCCUCAUGUCUGUAAACAGCGCCACCAUCAGUCAGUACCAACCCGAGCAGGUACACAUCUCAUAUACAGGUAAUCCGGCAACUAUGACUGUGACAUGGACCACCUUCAGCUGGACCCCAUCUGUAGUAGAGUUCAGUCCUCUGCCCGGGCCUCCUUCCUUCAAUCUAACCGCUUAUGGCACUUCUAACCUCUUCGUAGAUGGAGGACCAAAACAGAGGAAACUGUUCAUCCAUCGGGUUACUCUGGAGAACCUGAAACCUGGUCAGAGAUAUGUUUAUCACUGCGGCAGCUCUCUUGGUUGGAGCCCCGAGUUCUACUUCCGUGCCCUGCAGGUUGGCUCAUCAUGGGGCCCGCGCUUGGCCGUGUAUGGAGACAUGGGAAACGACAAUGCUCAGUCCUUGUCAAGGCUCCAGAAGGAAACCCAGAUGGAAAUGUAUGAUGCCAUACUUCAUGUUGGCGACUUUGCUUAUGAUAUGGAUGAGGAUGACGCUCAAAUAGGCGAUGAGUUUAUGCGUCAGAUUGAGUCGGUGGCAGCUUAUGUCCCCUACAUGACGUGUCCCGGAAACCACGAAGAGGCAUAUAACUUCUCCAAUUACCGAAACAGGUUUUCCAUGCCAGGAAAUACAGAAGGCCUCUGGUACAGCUGGGACCUAGGACCUGCACACAUCAUCUCCUUCUCCACCGAGGUGUAUUUCUAUCUGAAGUAUGGCCGAGAACUGGUGGCCAAGCAAUAUCAAUGGCUGCAACAAGAUCUUCAGGAGGCCACCAGCCGUGCUCGUCGUUCAGAGCUGCCGUGGAUCAUCACAAUGGCUCACCGCCCCAUGUACUGUACCAACUUCGACAGGGAUGACUGUGUCAAACGUAAUAGUACGAUAAGAACUGGACUUCCUGGUGGACAAUAUGCUUUGGAGGAACUGUUCUCUAAAUAUGGGGUGGACUUGGAAAUCUGGGCACAUGAGCAUUCCUAUGAGCGGAUGUGGCCUGUAUACAACAAUACAGUUUAUAACGGAUCCCUCCAGGCUCCUUAUACCAAUCCCAUGGCUCCUGUUCACAUAACCACAGGAUCUGCGGGAUGUAAGGAGAGGCUGGAUCCUUUCUUUCCAUUGCAUCGGGAAUGGAGCGCAGUAAGGAUAGCAGAUUACGGCUAUACACGUAUCCACAUAGCAAACAAGACUCACAUACACAUCCAGCAGGUGUCAGAUGACCGGGAUGGAGAGAUAGUGGAUGACAUAUGGCUGAUCAAGGAUAAGCGGUGAAUUCCCAAGUUGUUUUUUUUCUGGAUAAGACUGAAUUUUUGAACUCCAAAUCAUCCCCAAAAUGACAGCUUUUUUUUUUUUGUCUCUAUGGAAUUAUUUUGCUGCUGAUCUCUUGGACUUAAUGAGCCUAAUGCAUGUAUAAGUCAUAAUGUUGCACUUAAAGGGGUACUCCGGUGGAAAACAUUUUUUUUUUAAAUCAACUGGUGCCAGAAAGAUAAACAGAUUUGUAAAUGACUUCUAGUUAAAAAUCUUAACCCAGUAGUUCCAGUACUUAUCAGCUGCUAUAUAAUACAGAGGAAGUUCUUUUAUUUUUUAAUUUCUUUUCUGUCUGACCACAGUGCUCUCUGCUGACACCUCUGUCCAUGUCAGGAAUUGUCCAGAGCAGGAGAGGUUUGAUAAUGGGGAUUUGCUCCUGCUCCGGACAGUUCCUGACAUGAACAGAGGUGUCAGCAGAGAGCACUGUGGACAGACGGAAAAGAAAUUCAAAAAGGACAGAAUUUC